AUGGGUGCAUAUUUAUCUAAAAACGAAGGAAUCCAAUCAUCAUUUUUUGAUGGCUUAUGUAUAGCUUCCAAACAGUCCGCGUCCCACCAAGGAACUGGUUUUCUCAUAACAAACACAUUAGGUUUGGAAAUUAUAAGUAUACAGUCUUUCCUUAUUUCUAGAAGUGUGUUGCAGAAGUUUUCAUCAAGUAAAUUUGAUAUAUCAAUUGUGAAGUUUUCAAACUUUUUUUUUUGUUUCAGCCUGGAACUUUGA